GGACCCUUUUCUUCGCAUAUUCAAUGAUUUGCAACGAUUUCAGGUAAUUUCUUUCUGGACGAAUUCUUCAUUUGCUUCCAAAUACAAUCAUUCUUCUCGAAACCCACUCACUUUUCAUUAUUUAUUUCAUCCAAGAAGCACCAAGAGUAGAGCAGAAUCUAUCAAAACAGAGUUUUGAUCAAAUAUUGAAAGUGAGAAGGACAUUUACGCGAAUCGCUCCUACCUAUGGUUCGCACCACCAAACCCCAUCGUCUACAAGCAUCCUUUUAGAUUCAUCAAGAAUAUUGCGGCAGAUUAAGCACACCAUUACUUCGAUUAUUGAUACAUAGAAAAGUCGUUCAAUCAAUACAAAUGUUGGAAGCCCAAGAGCAUGGACACACGCGAAUGGCUGGAUCUGAGGAAACGUUGUAUGGUUCAAAUAAAUCGCAUACGUACUCUGUAGAAAGAGUUCCUACUGGCAGCACUCAUAAGAGUAAUGUUAGCAGUUACAAGUUUGAAGAUCCAUCAAAUCUCUCAGACAUAGCUCUUGUUAAUUACCCAAAAACGGAUGUUGGACUGAACGAUAUUCCCGCACAUACCAAACCCAGUGAUGCACUGGCACCAGAAACCGAUUUAAAUGCAGGCAUUAUUGGUUGGGAUGGCCAGGACGACCCAGAUAACCCUCAAAACUUUCCUCCAAGCCGGAAAUGGCUUCUUCUCGGACUCAUAUCAAGCAUAACUGUUGUCAGCCCUCUAGCAUCUUCUAUGGUUGCUCCUGGUGUGCCUUAUAUCGAAGAAACAUUCAACAAUCACAAUGAAACACUGAGUACAUUUACUGUUACAGUCUUUCUUCUGGGCAUUGUCUUUGGACCUCUUUUCUUAUCACCAUUAUCAGAGAUUUAUGGAAGGCGACCUGUACUGUGUGCAUCCAAUAUCGUCUUUUGUCUCUUUCAAAUAGGUUGCGCUCUUGCUCCGAAUCUGACCGCACUCAUAAUAUUUCGUUUCUUUGCAGGCAUUGGCGGUUCCGGAUGUUUGGCACUUGGCGGUGGUGUGAUAGCUGAUCUUUUUCGACGCGAGCAACGUGGAGCGGCUUCGGCAGCUUACACUAUCGGUCCUUUGUUUGGACCUGUGAUAGGACCUAUCUGUGGAGGCUUCAUAGCCGAAAGAGUUGGCUGGCAUUGGAUUUUCUGGGCUAUAUUCUGUGCUGGCACAGUAACAACAAUUGGCAUUGAAAUAUUUAAUCGCGAGACUUAUCCUCCUGUUUUAAUCCGAAGAAAGACGCAAAAACUUCGAUUAGAGCUUAACCGUCCAGAUCUAUUAUCCUGUUAUGAUUUAGGAGGCGAUCCUAGUACCAGAACAGUUCUUCUCAAUGGCCUUCUUCGACCACUCAAGAUGUUAUUCAUGUCACCAAUCGUUUUCAUACUUUCGAUAUAUAUUUGUUUUGCAUACAGCUUACUGUACUUGUUGUUUACUACAAUCACUCCAGUAUUUCAAGAGCAAUACGGAUGGAGUGUUGGACUUUGUGGUCUUGCAUACAUUGGUAUUGGCAUUGGAUUCUUCUCAGGUCUUGCUCUCGUGACGAAAAUAUCCGACAGGACAGUUAUACGGAUGACCGCCGCAAACAACGGUAUCUUCGAGCCGGAAAUGCGUCUACCAGCCUGUCUUUUCUUUUCGUUAUUCAUCCCCAUCACGUUUUUCUGGUAUGGAUGGUCAGCCGAAAAACACGCUCAUUGGAUUAUACCAGUUAUCGGGCUGAUUCCCUUCGGGUUCGGGAUGAUGGGUGUUUUUAUUCCUAUUCAGACAUAUAUUAUUGAUAGCUUUCCUCUUUUUGCAGCUAGUGCAACAGCCGCUAUGACGGCUAGCAGGAGUCUUUUCGGCGCUGUUUUACCAUUGGCUGCGCCAAGUAUUUAUGCAAAAUUAGGAUUAGGAUGGGGAAAUACUAUGCUGGGGUUCAUAGCUGUAGCGAUGAUUCCAGCAACAGGUUUGAUUUAUAAGUAUGGAGGACAGAUUAGAAAGAGGUAUCCGCUUAAUCUCUGAGGAAUAGGAGUUUCUGGUUCGGUUAUGGAAUUAGGAUAUGUGGUUGAAAAGAUAGAUUAAGGAGUUAGGAGUCAGAAAGGAUGGCCAUUGUACCUUUAUGUGUAUUAUGUAUGACUUUGAUAACGAACAGAUAGAUGAUAUUCAAUGAGUUAUGUUUUCA